CACGCGAUCUGAACCAUAGUCUACUAUAAAACCUCUCCGUCUGCCACCUACUUCGUCCGCUCCACCUAUCCCGGAUCGUCUCCUUCUUCUCUUAUAGUGCGCCGAACUGAUCUGUUCUAUCUUGUAGAGCCUUACGUGGAUUCUUCGUUGGAUUUGAGGUGUAUGGUGCUGGGUUCUUAUUUUAGAUCUGCAGCGGAUAAUAGAAGCUGAAGGAAACAGGGAUAAAGAGGUAUCGUUCUUGCUGUGGAUAUUUCUUUCCUUUUUUUGUGACGCUUUUCGAUAGCGGUGAUCUAGAGGACUAUGGAGGCGGCUUCGGCGCUGAGCAAUCAGUCAUGUACCUGGAAUGGACCCGAGAGAGGUAGAAGGAGGACAGGAGGAGGUUUAAGGAUCCAGAGAGGAUUUGGGGUUGAUACGAGGUGCCCAAGCAUUAUUAACCUUCAAGUUUCGCAAGCAGGCACAUCUUCUUAUCGGUCAGAAAGCUUGCGGAUGAAGAUUUCUUGUUGUUGCAGCAGAAAAGAAGAGUCUGAAAAGUUUCUUACUGGUGUUGAUGAAGCUCUAAUCUUAAAGAAAAAGUCUGAAGAUGUUAUCCCCUACAUGAAUGAAAGAUGUUUAUUUCUAGUUGGAAUGAUGGGAUCUGGGAAGACUACAGUUGGAAAGAUAUUAUCAGAAGUAUUGGGUUAUUCUUUUUUUGACAGCGACAAGUUAGUGGAGAAGGCUGUUGGAAUGUAUUCUGUUGCUCAGAUCUUUAAGGAGCGCAGUGAGGCUUUCUUUAGAGACAAUGAGAGUAAAGCUCUUAGAGAUCUGUCCUUGAUGCGCCGAUUAGUUGUUGCCACUGGUGGUGGUGCUGUUAUUCGACCUAUUAAUUGGAGUUAUAUGAAACGAGGAAUAACCGUCUGGUUAGAUGUGCCUCUUGAGGCUCUUGCUAGGCGUAUUGCUGCAGUGGGGACUGAAUCACGUCCUCUUUUGCACAACGAGCCUGGUGAUCCAUACACGAAGGCUUUGAUUCGUCUUUCCACCCUCUCUGAAGAAAGGGGUGAUGCCUAUGCAAAUGCUGACGCAAGGAUUUGCCUCCAACAUAUUGCUUCCAAACAGGGCCAUGGUGAUGUCUCAGCUCUGACGCCAACAGCCAUCGCCAUUGAGGCACUCGUAAAGAUUGAGAGCUUUCUGUCAAAAGACACAGCGGUUGAAAGAUUAACAUACUUCUAAACAUUUAAAAAGAGUUUUUUUUUUUUCCCUGUGAUGUAUCAUAAAGUUGCUUGACAUUUUGUUCUACAUGUUGUAUGAGUUAUUGUCAGUGUAAACAUUGCGUCAAGUCUUACAAAGGAAUGGUUGCAAAGUGCGGUAAAUUGAUGAUAUUGUUGUUUUUUAAGAUAGAAAUCAAUGAAAACCUAGAAUGAUAUUGAUGCAGUCGUACGUAAA